AUGUCUAAUGUUUCUAAUCAUAUCAGGAUCCCAUCUUCGGUUGGAAGAUAUAAGAUCCUCAGACAGAUAGGUAAGGGUGGCUUCGCUGUAGUUGUACAAGCAGUUGAUACAAAAACAAACCAGUUCGUUGCAAUCAAGAUUGUUAGUCGACAAGAGAUCCAACGUCAAAACAACAUGAUAUAUUUAGAGAACGAACUCCGUUUAUGUUCAAGAUUCGAUCAUCCAUCAAUCGUCAAAGUUUUUGACAUUAUUUAUGAAGAAGACAUUAUCAUGAUUGUUAUGGAAUAUUUCCAUAAUGGUUACUUACAAUCAUUGAUAUCUCAAGGGAUUCAUCUUUCAUUUGACGAAUGUGUGAGAAUCUCUUAUAAAAUAUUAGAUGCCCUUGCUUAUUUGCAUAAGAGAGGAAUAUGCCACAAAGAUAUUAAACCUGGUAAUAUUCUUUUCGAUGAUUCAUUCAAUCCAAAACUUAUUGAUUUUGGAUUGGCAAAAGAAAAUGCGGAUGUCCUUUCAACAUACUGCGGAACUUUAUGGUACAUCGCUCCAGAAAUUGUUAAAAAUUCCGAGUAUGAUGGAAGAAAAGCGGAUAUUUGGGCCUUCGGGGUUACUUUACACCUACUAUCGACUGGUUGUUUUCCAUUUGAAUGGAAAAGUGAAUCUCAGUUUAUCAAGGAUAUCCUUCAUAACAAGCUUUCACUUAACAUUCAGUCAAGAGGAAUAAUUGGAACAUUGGUUGAAAAAUGCCUUAAGUUUGAUCCAAAAGAAAGAAUGUCUGCUGAUGACUUAUUUUUAUAUCUCCAAACCGCUCAGGUGGAAAGUAAAGGCAUCAGCCAUUCUGAGAUUUCCUCAAAAAGAAGCACAGCUAAGCAGUCAUCACUUCCUAUUCUUAUUGCAAGAGCCCAAGUUCCAGUAAAGUCAACUCCUAAACUGCUCAAUGACCGAAUGACGAAUAAGAUGAAAUUAAUUGUUAGAAAAAGAUUAUAUUAG